UAGAAGGAGCAGAGCAGGGGGGUGCUGGUGGGAGUCAUGUUCCUGGUUUUCCCCUUCAUCCCAGCCAGCAACCUCUUCUUCAGGGUGGGGUUUGUGGUGGCAGAGAGGGUCCUCUACAUGCCAAGCAUGGGCUACUGUAUCCUGGUGGCCCAGGGCCUGGGCCGGCUGGGCUCGGUGGUGGGCCGCUGGGGGGGCCGCGGCCCUCACCGUGUCCUCGCUGCUGCUCCUGCUGCUGUUCUCCUGGAAGACCGUCCAGCAGAACGACACCUGGCUCUCGCGGGAGGCCCUCUUCAGGUCUGGCAUCCAGACUCUGCCUCACAACGCCAAGGUUCACUACAACUAUGCUAACUUUCUCAAGGACCAGGGCCGCCACCAGGAAGCUAUCCACCACUACAAUACUGCUCUCAGGCUGUACCCGCGUCACGCUAGCGCCAUGAACAACCUGGGCACCCUGACUGGAAACCCCCUGGAAGCCGAGCGCUACUACAGGAGAGCGCUGGAAACCAACCCUCAACACAACCGAGCCCUGUUCAACCUGGGAAACCUGCUCAAGUCCCAGGGGAAACAGGAAGAGGCGGAGUCUCACCUGAGCGAUUCCAUUCGCUUCGGUAUGCAGUUCGCCGAUGCCUACUCCAGCCUAGCAUCUCUUUAUGCAGAGCAGAAGCGCUUUGCAGAGGCCAACAAAGUUUACUUGCAGGGCAUUGAGAACUGCCCGGAGAGUUCUGACCUGCAUAACAAUUUUGGAGUGUUCCUGGUAGAUACGGGAGAGGGGGAGAGAGCGGCGGCCCACUACCAGCACGCCGUGCGACUCAAACCGGCGCAUUACGUCGCCAUGGUGAACUUGGGUCGGCUGCUUCGCUCAUCCAACGAAAACAAGGAGGCGGAGCUGUGGUAUAAGAGGGCCCUGCAGGUGACCAGGAAGGUGGAUAUCCUGACGCCUCUAGGGGCGCUCUACUACAACACGGGCCGCUAUGAGGAGGCCCUGCAGGUGUACCGCGAGGCUGCCACUCUGCAGCCAGACAGCACCGACAUCUGGCUGGCCCUGGCCCAGGUGCUAGCCAUGGCAGGCCGCCCUAAAGAGGCAGAGAAGAUGACCCUUGGGAUAAUCUCAAAGCAAGGGGGCUGCAUCGAGUGCUACCGCCUCCUCUCUGCCAUCUACAGCAGACGCGGAAACUACACAGAGGCACUGGAUGCUCUGGAUCAGGCCCUGCAGCAGAAGCCCAGUGAUCUGUCUGUGAGGGCGGAGCUCCACUUCUCCAUGGGCAACCAGCUCCGAGAGAUGAACCUGCUGGACAGGGCCUUUGAGAGCUACAGGCUUGCUGUGGAACUCAAACCGGACCAGUCACAGGCCUGGAUGAACAUGGGAGGCAUUCAACAUAUCAAGGGGGACUAUGCUGCAGCCAGGAUGUACUACCAGAGGGCUUUGACUCUGACUCCCAGCUCCAAGCUCCUGAAGGAGAACCUGGCCAAACUAGACCGCCUGGAGAGAAGGCUGACAGGGGGUGCCUAGGUGACACAGGCCCUCUCAGACUGCACCAUCCUGGGCAUCGAUCAAGGUUCUGGAGACCCUGGAUGACAAUCAGCCGCUAUCAAGCUGCUGGCCAGACUAAGACAUUGGAUCUGAAUCUGUGUGAACCUACAUGGAUGAAGACGUGGAGUUGAAUGUGGUUUGGCUGCAGGGUGGGGAAGAAGACUGGGUGGGUGUGUGUGGUGGGGGAGGGGGAGCCUGGAGAGGGUGACACAACCUGGGGUAUGGAAAUGGAGUCAGGUCCUUGCUGGGAGUUUCAACCAGCAAGACUUGAAACUGUGGACCUGCUCAACUGAACGCAGGAAAUAGACUAGAAGCUUCACACAAAAGCCAGCCUGCUACAGCUUUAAACACGCAGUACCAAUCUGCUUUUAAAAAGAAAAGAAGCUUUUGUUUGUUUUUUCAUUUCAAUAAAUCGUUAUCCUUCUGUAUGCAACACUUGACCUGUGGAUGUCAUACUCCUCGUGUCCUUGACCAGUUACAAAACCACCUCGAAACAAUCCGCAAGAUAGCUCCUUAAUAAAAAAAACAAUAUUUAUCCUUUUAAACAGUUGGCACAGAGCAUUUCACACCUGUGUAUCGUUUUUUUUUUCUUUUCAAGGCGCUGCUUAUGGCGACUGAGAGUCUGGAAUGUAAGGUACGCGCAAGCAAUGGCAAUACUGAAAACCCCUUGAGGCCUCAACGUGUGUGGAUAAUUUGGAAGCCCGGUGGCUCGACGCUAAUGUGUCGUUGUGCGCGUUUCACCUCCAGCUCAAGAUGUACUUAGAAGCAAGUGUUUGCCUUCAGGAAGUAAAGGCUACAGCUUUUAUCUGGAGCCCGCGGCCAUUGUGACCUAACACUCAUCUAACAUUUCUUAUCCUUUGUUUGUAUUUUUUAUUUUGUGCUGUUUAUGUUGCUGUGAUGAUUGUCAAUGAAAUGUGGAAUGUUUUGUGGAAUGUAAAAUGGAGUACAUAUGAACUGACUAGUGCAAUGACUGAUGACUUGUACCAUUGAAAUAAUAAAUA